AAAAAAACCAAAAGGUCUCAAUUUACAAAGAGAGAGAGAGAGAGAGACAGAGAGAAUAACAAGCGAGUAGCGUAGAAAUGAGUCGAACCAUCUAAAAACACCGAUUGCUCUUCUUCUCUCUCUCUCCCGCCCUUUACUCGCUUCGAUUCCUUCGCCCAAUUCAUCCCUCUUCUCUUACCAAAUCCCCUUCUGCGAAGCCUUUUUAUAUAUCUGAUGCACUUUUCUCUCUGCAACUAACUCAUCUCGGAUCCAGAAUUGCUCCUACUCCAGCCAGAAUUCUGUAUUUAGCUAAGCAGCCUAGUAUACGCCAACCUAAGUCAGGAGGCUACCAUCCUUACCCAGUGUAAUUUGAAAUUUGUCAAGCAAGAAUGCCUCUGUUUUAUUACGUGAUUGGAACAACUGUUCUGGAUGGUCUAGAUGGCCCUAAGUUGUCACAUCUCUUGGACUAUAUGAAGGUAUAUGUCCCCUGGUUGUGGUCAGGUAACACUUAAGUAUACCCGGAAAAUGGCAAAAGGUAGCAGGGGACGACGCAGGAUUGCUUCUCGACAAUACAGGUCAGCUCCAUACCCAUUGAGCUCUAAUGAAGAUAUCUUUGAGGAUCUGUGCCCUAAGAAAUGCUCCAAAAACUUGGAGAAAAAGGACUGGGAGGAUGCAACAUGUUCUGUGUGCAUGGAAUACCCUCACAAUGCCGUUCUUCUCCUAUGUUCCUCGCAUGACAAAGGUUGUCGUCCUUACAUGUGUGGGACUAGUUUUCGACAUUCCAACUGUCUUGACCAGUACAAGAAAGCUUACACGAAAAUAGUGUCAUGUGAUCAUGGACAAUCAUUGCAUGGCUCUGCCACUAAUCCAAUUGUGGUACCAGAUUCUGGAUUGCCAGUUGAGAAGUGUGAAAUCACAGAGCUUGCAUGCCCCCUCUGUAGGGGCCAGGUGAAAGGCUGGACUGUUCUUGAACCAGCACGAGAAUAUCUGGAUGCAAAACAGAGAAGCUGCAUGCAAGAAAACUGCUCAUUUGUUGGAAAUUACAAGGAGCUUAGGAAGCAUGUUAAGGCAGAGCACCCGUCAGCCCGGCCACGGGAAGUGGAUCCUGUAGUUGAACAGAAAUGGAGAAGCCUUGAACGUGAGAGGGAACAGGAUGAUGUGAUUAGCACAAUACAGUCGUCCAUGCCAGGAGCAAUGUUUUUCGGAGAUUAUGUAAUAGAAGGAAAUAAUUAUGGAUUUGAUUCGGACGAAGAGGAUGGUGGUUUUGAUGCAGAUGCUGCAGGAAGGAAUGCAGGGUUCGGGUUGGGUUUGGAUGUGGUUCUUCUUUGGCAUGCAUUUGGGUCCAACAGACGGAUGAGGCAGCAUGAGAGGGCAUUCCACCAGGCAUCAGAGGGUAGUGUUGCCAUCCGGCACACGACUCCUAUUGGUGGUUUGGAUUCCUCUGACCAAGAUGACGACAAUGACAGUAACGGUGAUGAUGAUGGCGGCAUGUCAUUGGUGAGCCGGCUCCGGCGUCAUGGCAGGGUCUUGCUGGGACGCUCCGGGAGGAGACGUAGACGUAGAGAAGCAAAUAGUGAGGAACAAUAGGCUGAACAAUGGUUAAGGGGGAGGAAUAGGAAAAUUGCGUAGGCACACAAAUUUUAGGAGGGACUGCACAAAGCAAAAUAAAAAAAGAAGGUAUGAUUUUACUUUCUCGCAUUUGCAUUGAUUUAUUUCUCGUUUGAAUAGCAAGGGAAAAGGUAAUGGAGAUGAUGGUUCCUUUUCCCUGUGUUGUGUAAUAUAUUUUCAAAUGUAACUUUUCCUUAGUUACCCAUAAUCUGCCCCUUAACCUAUGAAUAUAACUUCUUCUGUAUGUAUUUCGCGCUGGAUUAAAAGCCUACAUUUGUAUUUUGUGAUUAUAUUCAAGAUUUUCUGAUUAGCUAUCAA